UGUUGCGUGUGAAUCGGUUCACCGUUCGGCGCGCGAGGCACAAACACGCACACAAAAAGAAGCCCGACAAUGGUGAGCAAGUGGCGUUUGAAGUUAUGUACAUAGAUAGUAAAUGCGUACAUAAACGGACUUGAUACACUCGCACUCAUGCUCAAUAACAGAACAUCACCGCACGCAGCUGCACGCAGAUGGCGUGAAUACCACACCGCUUUCGUUUGCGGAUCUGCGGUGGAUUUAUAAAUAAUGAUUAUAAUCCAUUGGCUUCAACAUGUAUUGCAAUCUGUUUCUAUUUAUGUAUUGCUAUUACAUAAUGUAAACUUGCAAAGAUGUACAUAAUCCAAUAAAACUUAAAUUAGAAAAUAUAUUUGGAGCAAAAGAUUUCUCAGCGCACAGAUAAGCUGUUUGUGCACAAAUAAAACGAAUCGAUCGAUACUGCACUUAAGGCAAAUAAAGCAAUGUAAACAAACGCACAUGGCGCAGAAACAAACAAAAAAUCUCAAAAAUAAAUACUGUAAUCAAUGAGUCAAUUACGCACCUAAUCCACUUCGCAACAAAACAUUUUCCCUUCAACGCACAACGCCCGACCUAGUGCAUAGCGUAAGAGAUAACUUGAUUGAAAUAUGUACCUAUAUUGCAAAUACAUAAAAUAUCUCCAAUUUUGUACUGCAAAAUAUAUUUUUAUCAACAUUCCUGUGAUAUCUAUGGUAUUCGUUGUUCCAUUGUUUCUGUUAUAUUAGUAUUUAUCUGCCAGUUUGUUCACGCAUACGCAACACAUCAUUACAUUGGCAGUUUUGCACGAGUAGAUUUCCCUACUCAAAAUGGCGGCCGAAGAAAAAGAAAAAGAACCCGAAAAGAAAGAAGCAAUUGAAUUGGAACUUGACGUUGAUGAUCGCUUAGAAUUUCUCCUCGGCUACAUUCUCCGUACCAUGAAAAUUAAGCAGGAGAGAUGGUCCAAGAUGAUACAAACCGAGGAGUUUGAAGCGAUUGUAAUGGAUUUUCUAAAUAAGGAAAAUGUCAUGAGCUUAUAUUUUUCUCUAAAUGCUGCUGGUUCAUUAAUACCAGAAGCUCAAUAUAAAGCAUCGAAUAAAUCAAAAACUUCCUACUUUCUAAAAAAAGAACCCGCUAUCAUCCACAUGGAGAAUUUUAUAAAGGUUAUAGUGUUUGGCGAUAUGUCCUGCAGGCCAGUUGAUGAAUUGGCCGUACUCUGCGAGGAGGUUUUUAUGCCGCUGGUGAAAAACAUAGAAAAUUCCAAGACUUGGCCGUUGGUGGUUCAAGAAGAUAUACGCAACCAAAUAAUUAGUUUCAACAAAAAUCUGUAUCAGAUGAAGGGAUCACUACGAGGUUUGACUUUACUCCCUAUGCCCCAUAAUAUGGAGACAGUAUACGCUGCAAUUUCUCGAGUAGAAGAUGGAGGAGAAGGAGUAACAGACGAUGAUCUUAAACUCAAACUAUCAAUUGAAACGUCCAUAGCCCAAUGGGCUAACAUAAUAAAUAAUAUCCUCAAACAAUCUCCCCUCCUAUCAUUCGCUAAUGGAGCUCACCCAGGUCCAUUAGAAGAGAUAGACUUCUGGGAGAGCCGGCUCAAAAACCUUGUCAAUAUCUACUCUCAACUUCGAGAUCCCCGAGUGAAGAAACUCAUACUAUUCGCAGAGUUAUCCAAUAGUGAUUACUUAGGAUACUUCCAAGAAACCUUUAAAAACGUAGUAGCUGGUAUAAUAGAAGCCAAAGAUAUUGUCUUAUACCUAGGUGCGGCAAAAUCCAACUUUGAAAAAAUGAAUGAUUCAGAAUUUCUUGAUUUGAUUCAUUUUAUCGGCCCUAUGAUGCACACUGUCGGCCUUAUCUGGGUCAAUUCAAGAUAUUACUGUUUUAUUGACAGGAUUGUUACACUCCUUCAAAUGUUCUCCAACUCAUUAAUCGACGCGAUUGAACGUAACAUAGAUCCAAGUUCAAUCUUUCAAGGAGAUGCAGAAGAAUAUGAUAUCAAAUGCAAACAAUGUCUGGAUAUAAUAAACCUCUUCCAGAAGUCGUUUGAGUUUGUGCGAAGUACAGUGGCAGACAAUUUUCCGGAAGGUGUGGAACCAAUUCCAUGGACAUUCCACUCACGCAAUAUUUUUCAACGACUUUUCAAUUAUCGCGAUCGACUAAUGUUAGUUAAGUCGAUUUUGAGCACUGCAUUGGAGUACUUUAAGUUGGAAAAGAUUGAGUUUGCUGGUUUGAAAGGUAGAAAUCUUUCUACAAAGUGCGAGGAAAUAUUGAAUGAAUUUAACAACAGCUACUCAUUUUUCGCAAACGUGCAAUACGAAGUUAUGGACUUGGAAGACAACUCAAUCGAAGCAGAUGCUAAAAAAUUUAUGAAACAAGUCGAAGAUUACGAUAAAAGAAUGGCUGCCAAUUUUCUACUAUCAUUUGAGGAAUGUUACACACUGGAUUCGUGCUUUAAAUUAAUCAACAUCAUGUCUACCAUGGCCGAACGUCCCAUAAUUGCGAAAGAAGUAGCUCCUUGUUACGAGCGCAUGGUACUAAUGAUGGACGAAGAAUUAGAUAUUGUCAAAACGCUAUAUGACGAAGGCACAAACGAUCUCCCAUUAAAUGAUAACUUUCCACCUGUAGCAGGACGUUUGUGGUGGAUAAACAAAUUCGAAAACAGAUUAAAACACCACAAUACCGAUUUCUGUCAAGUUGAGCACGAAGCAAUGACUGGCGAAGAUGCGCAAUACGCACAACAAAAAUAUGAACAAAUGAUGGACAUACUUCAUAAGGACCAGCAAGUGACAUUCCAGACUUGGUUCAAAGAAGCGCCAGGAAUUAUAGCAAAACAUAUUGUAAAAACGCUUCUUAUUCGAAAUGACAAAAAUUUACUCGAAAUGAACUUUGCUCCGGAGUUGGAUGCGGUUCUAAGAGAAGUUCGCUAUAUAUUGCUACUGGAAACUUUUAUUGUACCACCAGCAGCUGAAGAAUUCUUUGCAAGGGCCGAUGAAAUCUGGGCUAUCAGACAAAAUUUAGCCAGGAGCAUCGAAUGGUACAAUCAUAUUGUGACUGCUACUUUGGAUGUAGAAUAUAACAUGAUUGUGGAUGAGAUUACUAAUAUUAAUGAACUUAUGGAGGCAGCAAUCACGACUCUGACUUGGGAGGAGAACCAUUUGGAGCAAAUCGAUGUAUUUCACAACCUUCUUCAUCAUCUAUAUUUACGUGUAGAUCGUGCACAAAAGAAUAUCAGUACAUUCCAAGAGGAGCUAGAUCUGAUCAAUUCUCAGCACCUGUUCCAGAGAAAGCAUCAAGACAGCGCCGAGCUUAUUUAUUUGGAUAAUCAUGAAGAGAGAACAGCAAAACGAUACAGGGCAAUCAUGAGAUGUGGAAAAACAUUGUUGAAUCUACUUAGAAUCAAUUAUUAUCUCUUUUUUAACAUGAUGAUACCAGAAGAAAAUCAACCUGAAGAUACAAUUGAAGAGAUCAUUGAAGAAUCAGAAAAUGAUGAGCCGAUAAAUACACCGUCGGAAGCUCUCCAAGUCAAAGCCAUAUCUACGCAAAUAUCUGCAAUUGAAGUGGAAGUAAUAGAAGAUCCAGUAUACCAAGAAUCCUAUAAUGAUAGCAAAUGGGUUACUUAUUUGACAUACAUCGAUGAUACCGUUUUAUCAUCUCUCAUGGAUGGUGUUAUGUACAGCUUAAACUUUUUCGUAGUCGAAAUGGAUGAAAAGAUUGAACAUCCCUUAUUUUUAAUUACUUUUGAAUUACACGAUAUCAUGAUUGUAGCAAACCCUUCAAUUGACAGUGAGGCAGAAUUUAACUUUGCAAACUUUAUCAGUGGACUUUUAAAUGAUAUAUUUCAAAUGGCCGAUCAAAUGCCAGAAAUAAUACCAGCAAAAGGAAAACAUUUUCUCACAGAUAUUAUAACAGAUCCAGGAUGUGUCGAUGUUAAUACAGAUCUAAUGUCGCGCGUCUACAUCGCCACCGCAGAAUGUGUCAAGUAUAUGGAAGAAUUUGAAGACUAUGAAUAUCUGUGGAUGGAUAACAGAAAGGAAUUUAUGGCUCAGUUUAUCAAAUAUGGCAGACUUUUAACUCCGGAAGAGACAAUCAUGUUAAAGGAUGUUAAUGGUCCCGGAAUUAAAGAAACCCCACCAACUUUAGAGCAAUUCAAAGAACAAAUUGAUAACUAUGAAAAGAUUUAUAACAAAAUUGAAAUCAUUCCCAAAGAAAAAAUCAUCAACGGCUGGCUUUUAGUUGAUAUUGCACCAUUGAGGCAAGCAAUGCUAAACAUUUCGAAAAAGUGGUCCAAUAUGUUUAAACAAAAUCUGUAUGAUCAAGUAGUGAAUAGCAUUCAAGAGUUGGAAGAAUUUAUUACAGAUUCUAUUGAACUAAUGCAAGCGCCUUUAGGAGAAGAUGAUUUCGAUGGAUUGAUUAAGGUUAUGGGGUGCUUGUCUAAGAUCCGCGAUAGACAAUUUGCCACUGAUAACAUGUUUGAUCCGUUGCAAGAGAUUAUCAAUUUACUAGCAACAUAUGAUGUUAAUUUCACCGAUGACAUUUUAAUUCGGCUUCAGGAGUUGCCUGAAAAGUGGACAAAUUGUAAGAAAAUUGCGUUGGCUACUAAACAAGCGAUUGCACCCCUACAAGCUAAUCAAGUCAACGCUAUUAAGAAGCGCCUGCAAUUGUUUGAUAUCCGCCAGACUAUAUUUCAGGCUAAAUUUAAGAAAUCUGCACUGUUUUUCUACAACUGUACAGAUGUUUACAAGAAAUUGGAUCAAUUCAAUGAAAGCACUAUGGACUUAGAAGAAAAUAUGGCGAAGUUAAUUGAGCAAGGAAAUUUGUUUGAAUUGCAAAUUCCAGAAUUCAAACAUGUGAAGUUGGUGCGCACUGAGCUUAAAAUGGUAAAAGUUCUAUGGGACUAUGUCCUCAUGUGUAGAUCCUGGAUAGAUGAAUGGAAAUAUACACCAUGGAAAAAAAUUGACGUAGAAGCAAUGGAUAUGGAGUGCAAAAAGUUUGGAAAAGAUUUACGCGCAAUGGACAAGGAAUUACGUAGUUGGGAUCUUUACAUAAAAAUGGAAGCUACCAUCAAGAACCUAUUGACAUCCCUGAGAGCUGUUACAGAAUUACAGAAUCCUGCUAUUCGCGAAAGACAUUGGCAGCAAUUGAUGCAAGCGACAAAGGUCAAAUUUGUUAUGGAUGCGAAUACCACGCUCAAUGAUUUAUUGGCGCUUAAUCUGCACGAAUACGAAGAAGAAGUUAAGACCAUAGUAGACAAAUCUGUCAAGGAAAUGGCAAUGGAAAAAGUUCUAAAGGAAUUAAAUGCCACUUGGGCUAAUAUGGAGUUCGAAACGGAACCACAUAUGCGUACCGGCAUUAAACUAUUAUUGGUAUCUGAAGAACUCAUAGAAACGUUGGAAGAUCAUCAAGUUCAGUUACAAAAUAUGCUCACGUCUAAAUUCAUUGACUUUUUCUUAGAUGAAGUAUCUGAUUGGCAAAAAAAGCUAUCAAAUGCUGACCAAGUUAUAUCAGUUUUUCUGGAAGUACAAAGAAAGUGGGGAUACUUGGAAAGUAUCUUCAUCGGUUCUGAAGAUAUACGAAAUCAGUUACCAGAAGAUUCUCGUCGCUUUGAUAGAAUCGACAAAGAAUUUAAGGAGGUUCUAAGUGAAGUGCUUAGAACACCAAAUGUGAUCAAAUCAACAAAUAAACCUGGUUUAUAUGAACGCUUGGAAGGCAUUCAAGCUGAUUUGAUGAUCUGCGAGAAAGCGCUGAACGACUACUUAGAAACAAAACGUUUAGCGUUCCCAAGAUUUUAUUUUGUCUCGUCUGCUGAUUUACUGGAUAUUUUAAGCACGGGUAAUCAACCUGAACUGGUCCAACGUCACUUGACAAAGUUGUUUGACUCAAUGGCCAAAUUAAAAUGGGAAGCGCCAAAAGUUGCAAGUCAAAUGAUAUCGAAAGAAAAUGAUGAACAUGUUAACUUUUCAGGCCACCUUGAAUGUGUGGGCAAAGUAGAAGUCUGGUUAAACAAGCUAAUUGACAUAAUGCGCAAAACCCUUCAUAAUUUAUUCGGUGAAGCUGUGGUCACCUAUGAAGAUAAACCCAGAGACCAAUGGAUCUUCGAUUUUCCAGCCCAACCAGCAUUAAUCGGUACCCAAAUUUGGUGGACUACCGAAACUAAUGUUGCCUUGGCGAAACUUGAAGAAGGAUACGAGAACGCAUUGAAAGAUUAUAACAAGAAACAAAUUAACCAGUUAAACGCACUUAUUCUUCACUUACUGGGUGAUUUAACAGCCGGAGAUCGGCAGAAAAUUAUGACAAUCUGUACGAUUGACGUGCACUCUCGAGACGUGGUUGCUAAAAUGAUCCUAUUAAAAAUAGAAAACGCGCAAGCUUUCCAAUGGCAAAGCCAACUUCGUCAUAGAUGGGACUUAAAAUUAAAAGAUUGCUACGCAAAUAUUUGCGAUGCGCAGUUUAGAUAUCAGUAUGAAUAUUUAGGAAAUACACCACGUCUGGUAAUCACACCAUUAACUGAUCGUUGUUAUAUUACUCUAACACAGAGUCUGCAUUUGAUUAUGGGUGGGGCACCAGCAGGACCUGCAGGUACUGGCAAAACAGAAACUACUAAAGAUUUGGGCAAAGCCUUAGGAAUAAUGGUUUAUGUAUUCAAUUGCUCCGAACAAAUGGAUUAUAAAUCAGUUGGUAACAUCUACAAAGGUCUUUCGCAGACUGGUACCUGGGGAUGCUUUGAUGAAUUCAAUCGAAUAUCUGUAGAAGUAUUGUCUGUAGUCGCCGUACAAGUAAAAACAAUCCAGGAUGCCAUCAAAGACAGAAAAACUAAAUUUAAAUUCCUGGGUGAAGAUAUAGUUCUUAUCAAUACGGUCGGGAUCUUUAUCACGAUGAAUCCUGGAUAUGCCGGACGUACCGAGUUACCGGAAAAUUUAAAAGCAUUAUUUAGACCAUGUGCCAUGGUAGUCCCAGAUUUUGAACUGAUUUGCGAAAUCAUGUUGGUAGCGGAAGGCUUUCAGGAAGCACGUCUCUUGGCGAGGAAAUUCAUCACUUUGUAUAGUUUAUGCAGAGAAUUGCUCAGUAAACAAGAUCAUUAUGAUUGGGGUCUGAGAGCUAUUAAAUCUGUAUUGGUUGUUGCCGGGGCCUUGAAAAGAGGCGACCGUCAACGCCCUGAAGACCAAGUGCUGAUGAGAGCCUUGCGGGAUUUUAAUAUACCAAAGAUUAUCACAGACGACGUAGAUAUUUUUAUGGGAUUAAUCGGAGAUCUCUUCCCAUCAUUAGAUGUACCAAGAAAACGUCUCCCAGAGUUUGAAAAAAUGGUCAAAAAAUCGGCGGUUGAUCUAAAAUUGCAACCCGAAGAUGGAUUCGUGCUGAAAGUAGUGCAGCUCGAAGAAUUGUUUGCAGUAAGACAUUCUGUGUUUGUCAUUGGGUUUGCAGGUACAGGAAAAUCAAUGGUGUGGAAAACGUUAAACAAAACAUAUCAAAACCAAAAACGACGCCCUGUAUACAAUGAUUUAAACCCAAAAGCUGUGACCAAUGACGAACUUUUUGGGAUUAUCAACCCUUCAACCAGGGAAUGGAGAGAUGGCUUAUUUUCAGUAAUAAUGCGAGAACAAGCCAACAUGACAGGCGAUGGACCUAAAUGGAUAGUUUUAGAUGGUGAUAUCGAUCCCAUGUGGAUUGAAUCACUAAAUACUCUGAUGGAUGAUAAUAAAGUGUUAACCCUGGCAAGUAACGAACGUAUUGCUUUAACAACAUACAUGCGUCUGUUGUUUGAAAUUGCAAACUUGAGAACAGCCACACCUGCAACAGUCUCCCGCGCAGGUAUCCUCUAUAUCAACCCAAAAGAUUUAGGAUGGAAUCCCUUUGUAGCUUCCUGGAUUGAUACUAGAACCAUUCAAAGCGAGAAAGCUUUACUUGGUCUGCUCUUCGAUAAAUAUAUACCACCUUGUUUGGAAAUUGUCAGAACAAAAGUGAAGAAAAUCACUCCUUUGGUAGACGUCGCUCACAUUUCCAUGUUAUGCAACCUUCUAGAUUGCUUCCUAACACCACAAAAUGUCCCACCAGAUUGCCCAAAAGAAUGGUAUGAAAUAUACUUUGUAUUCAGUGUAGUCUGGGCAUUUGGUUCGUCACUUUUCCAAGACCAAAUUGUUGAUUGGAGAAAUGAAUUUAGCAAAUGGUUUGUUAACGAAUUUAAAGCGGUAAGAUUCCCAGGUGCUGGAACUGUUUUCCACUAUUAUAUCGACGAAGAAACUAAGAAAUUUUUGCCGUGGUCUGAUAUAAUCAGUAGUUUUGAACUAGAUUCUGACAUUCCAUUACAAGCGACUAUGGUAAACACGGCCGAAACCACGAGGGUUAGAUUUUUCCUGGAUCAUCUCAUGGCCAAGAGGGUACCAUGUAUGUUAGUUGGAAAUGCUGGUUGUGGAAAAACUGUUUUAGUACAGGAAAAAUUGGAUAGUUUAUCAGACGCAUACCAAGUACAGAAUGUACCAUUUAAUUUCUACACCUCAUCAGAAAUGUUACAGAAAAUCUUAGAGAAACCUCUCGAGAAGAAAGCUGGUAGAGUAUACGGACCACCGGGAACCAAACAAAUGAUUUAUUUUAUUGAUGAUUUAAACAUGCCGGAAGUAGAUAAGUAUUUCACGGUGCAACCUCAUACCUUGUUAAGGCAACAUAUUGACUAUCAACAUUGGUACGAUCGUCAGAAGUUGUCGCUAAAAGAUAUUCAUAAUGUUCAAUAUGUCACCUGUAUGAACCCAACGGCAGGUUCUUUCACAAUCGACCCAAGAUUACAGCGUCAUUUUUGUGUGUUUGCAUUGAGUUUUCCUGCCGCUGAAGCCCUCUACACAAUAUACUACUCUAUUCUGUCUCAACAUCUAGAAGCAUCAAAUUUCCACAACAGCGUGAAGAAAUUGUGCCCUGUUGUUGUACAAGCAGCUGUAAAUUUCCAACAAAAAGUAUCCCAAACCUUUUUGCCAACAGCGGUAAAGUUCCACUAUAUUUUCAAUUUACGUGACCUCUCCAACGUCUUCCAAGGUAUACUUUUUGCAUCAGCAGAAGGAUGCAGAAACGCAACUGACUUUAUUCGACUUUGGAUGCACGAAUCAAUUCGUGUUUACGGAGAUAAAAUGGCCGAAAGUGCUGAUAUCGAUACUUUUGACAAAACCCUAAAUGAAAUUGUCAAGAAAUCGUUUGAAGAAAUCGACGAGAAUGCAGUCAUGGAGAAGCCGUUAAUAUUCUGCCACUUCGCAGAAGGCAUGGGUGAUCCAAAAUACCUUCAAAUUCGUGAAUUCACGCACCUGAACAAACUACUAUUAGAUGCGUUAGCAGGAUACAAUGAUCUCGUUUCUGCUAUGAACUUGGUAUUGUUCGAAGACGCCAUGAAUCAUAUUUGUAGAAUUAACCGCAUCUUAGAAGCCCCUAGAGGCAACGCCCUACUUAUAGGUGUGGGUGGUUCCGGCAAACAAUCUCUGACAAGAUUGGCAUCUUUCAUAGCAUCAUUGGACGUAUUUCAAAUACAGCUUAGAAAGGGGUAUACCGUUACUGACAUGAAAGCGGACAUUUCUACUAUUUAUAUUAAAGCAGGAAUGAAGAAUGUAAGUUCAACUUUCCUAAUGACAGAUUCGCAAGUUCCGGAAGAGAACUUUUUGGUGGUCAUCAAUGAUAUGUUAGCAUCCGGAGAAAUUCCUGACUUACUCUCCGAUGAAGACACGGAAAAUAUUAUAAAUGUGGUUAAAGGUGAGGUAAAAGCAAUUGGUCUGCAAGACACCCGUGAAAAUUGUUGGAAAUUUUUCAUUAACAAAACACGGCGACUUAUUAAAAUCGUGCUUUGCUUUUCACCUGUUGGCUCUACUCUCAGAAUUCGCGGAAGAAAGUUUCCAGCCGUAGUUAACUGCACAUCAAUUGACUGGUUCCAUGAAUGGCCAAAGGAAGCUUUGCUCAAUGUGUCAAAACGGUUCCUGGCUGAAAUUCAUACUUUACCUCCAGAAUACGUUAACAAUGCUUCGCAAUUUAUGAGUUUUGUACACUCAAUUGUAAAUGAAAUCUCGCAAAGGUAUCUUUUGUAUGAAAAAAGAUACAAUUACACGACACCAAAAACAUUUUUGGAACAAAUUUCUUUAUACUCCAAGUUAUUAACUGAGAAAACGGUUGGAUUAAAGCAUAACAUCAUUCGCUUAGAAAAUGGACUAUUGAAGUUAGCCUCUACAUCUGAAGAGGUAGAUGGCCUGCAAGAAGUGUUGGCCGUGCAAGAAAUUGAACUAGCCGAAAAGAAUGAAGCCGCCGAUAAAUUAAUUAAAGUAUUGGGCGCAGAAAAUGAAAAAGUUGCGCGUGAACAAACCGUUGCAAGCGAAGAAGAAGCCAAAGUAAAGAUUAUCGAAGAGGAUGUCGCUGUGAAAGCAAAAAUUUGUGCGGAGGAUUUAUCCAAAGCAGAACCUGCACUUAAAGCCGCCGCCGAGGCGUUGAACACAUUGAAUAAAAAUAAUCUUACAGAAUUGAAAUCUUUCGGAAGUCCACCAGAUGCGGUCGUAAAUGUUUGCGCUGCUGUAUUGGUACUUUUUUCACCAAAAGGUAAAGUCCCAAAAGAUAGAAGUUGGAAGAAUUGUAAAUUAAUGAUGGGAAAAGUGGAUCAGUUUCUAAGUGACCUGGUGAAUUACGACAAGGAAAAUAUUCCAGCUGAUGUCGUAAAGCAAGUGAUGCCAUACAUCAAAGAUCCUGACUUUGAGCCCAAAAAGAUUAUAACGAAAUCAUCUGCUGCUGCAGGUCUCUGCGCCUGGGUGAUAAACAUCAUUAAAUUCUACGAUGUCUUCUUAGUAGUGGAGCCUAAACGAAAAGCACUUGCUAAAGCAACCACAGAUUUGAACAAUGCCAGACAGAAAUUGAAAGAGUUAAACGACAAACUUCAAGCUUUGGAGAAACAAUUGUCAGUGUUACGCAGUGAUUUUGAAGAAGCCACUGAUGAGAAGUUAAAAUGCCAAGCGCAAGCUGACGCAACAGCUACGAUGAUAGAUUUAGCUAAACGUUUAAUUGGCGGUUUAGCUUCUGAAAAGGUACGCUGGAAGGAAUCUGUAGAAAAUUUCAACGCGCAAAUUGGAACUUUACCUGGAGAUAUUCUACUCAUCACUGCGUUCAUAUCAUACGUCGGAUGUUUUACCAAACGUUACAGAACAGAUUUAGUUAAUACACACUGGCUUCCUUUUCUGAAUAAAAUGACGCCACCGAUUCCUAUGUCUGAAGGAAUGGACCCACUCGGACUGUUAACAGAUGAUGCAACAAUUGCCAAGUGGAAUAACGAAGGUUUGCCCACAGAUCAAAUGUCAGCUGAGAAUGCGACCAUUUUGUCAAACACAGCAAGAUGGCCGCUGAUGAUUGACCCCCAAUUGCAAGGAAUAAAAUGGAUUAAAAAUCGUUAUGGAGAACAUUUAACAGUGCUUCGUCUCUCUAUGAAAAAUUAUUUGGACACUAUAGAAAGAUGCAUAACAAAUGGUAAUGUGAUAUUACUAGAAAAUAUUGGGGAGACCAUGGAUGCCGUGUUGGAUCCAAUUCUGGGACGAAUUCUCAUAAAAAAGGGAAAAGCUAUAAAAGUAGGCGACAAAGAAAUCGACUAUGAUCAUAAAUUCCGGUUGAUUAUACACACAAAACUUGCAAAUCCACAUUACAAGCCGGAAAUUCAAGCACAGACCACUUUGAUUAACUUUACAGUCACCAGAGACGGUCUUGAAGAUCAACUGUUAGCCGAAGUGGUCAAAAGUGAAUGUCCCGAUUUAGAAACGUUAAAAUCAAGUUUAACAAAACAACAGAACGACUUUAAAAUCACCCUUAAAACCUGCGAGGAUAAUUUAUUGGAAAGAUUGUCUUCCGCAACAGGAAAUAUACUGGGUGAUGUCGCCCUGGUAACAAAUUUGGAAACCACAAAACGCACUGCUGCUGACAUUCAGACCAAAGCAGCGGAAGCAAAAAUUGCUUCUGUUAAAAUUGACGAAGCAAGAGAACAAUACAGACCAGCGUCGACAAGAGCAUCACUUUUAUAUUUCAUUUUGAAUGAUCUAUGCCGAAUUAAUGCAAUCUACCAAUUUUCCCUUAAAUCUUUCACGGUGGUAUUUAAAUACUCUCUGGGUGUAGCCGAACCGAGUGAAAAACUCAAGGACCGUGUCAACAACCUCCUGGAUAGUAUUACGUUUUGCGUAUUUAUGUAUACAAGCCGUGGAUUAUUUGAAUGUGAUAAGUUGAUCUUCCUGGCACAGAUGACUUUCCAAAUCAUGCUUUACAAUGAAGAAAUUGGUCCUGUGGAGUUGGAUUUUUUGCUCAGAUUUCCUAUAAUGACAGGAAUGAUAUCUCCUUUUGAUUUUCUUUCGCAUGUACUAUGGGGUGGAAUCAAAGCAUUGUCGGCUAUGGACGAGUUUAGGGGACUCGAUAAAGACAUGGAGGGUUCUGCCAAAAGAUGGAAGAAGUUUGUAGAAAGUGAAUGUCCCGAAAAAGAAAAGUAUCCAGGAGAAUGGAAAAACAAGACACACUUGCAGCGUCUUUGUAUCUUGAGAUGUUUAAGACCUGAUCGUAUGACAUACGCUGUUACGGGUUUCAUUGAAGAAGGGCUAGGUUCAAAAUUCAUCACCGCCAGAACGGUUCCCUUCGAAAAGUCUUAUGAAGAAACAAGUAAUUCAACACCAACAUUCUUUAUUCUAUCACCGGGUGUUAAUCCUUUGAAAGAUGUGGAAAAGCUAGGGAAAAAACUUGGGUUCACCUUCGACAGAGGUAACUUCCAUAGUGUAUCCUUGGGACAAGGACAGGAAAUAGUUGCCGAGAAUGCGAUGGAUAUAGCUGCGGAGGAAGGACACUGGGUAAUUCUACAGAAUAUCCAUUUGGUGGCGAGAUGGUUGCCACAAUUGGAAAAGAAAAUGGAGCAAACCAAUGAGAACUCACACGAGAACUAUCGUUUAUACUUGAGUGCGGAAGCAGCCGGAGAUCCCAUGAGUAAUGUAUUGCCACAAGGGAUUCUAGAGUCUUCCAUUAAGAUCACCAAUGAACCACCGACAGGGAUGUACGCAAACUUACACAAAGCAUUGGAUAACUUUUCCCAGGAGACUUUGGAAAUGUGCUCGAAGGAAUCUGAAUUCAAAGCAAUUUUGUUUUCGCUUUGCUAUUUCCAUGCCGUUGUCGCAGAAAGACGAAAGUUUGGAGCUCAAGGAUGGAACAGGAACUAUCCGUUUAACAUUGGUGACCUGACUAUUAGUGUAAAUGUACUAUACAACUACUUGGAAAACAACAAUAAGGUACCCUGGGAAGAUUUAAGAUAUCUCUUUGGAGAAAUUAUGUACGGGGGACACAUCACUGAUGAUUGGGACCGAAGGUUAUGUAAAUAUUAUCUACUUGAGUAUAUGCAACCCCUUCUACUCGAAGGAGACCUUUUCUAUGCUCCAAACUUCCAAGCACCCAAUAAUCGUGAUUAUGUAGGGUACCAUAAAUACAUAGAUGAGAAUUUACCCACAGAAUCUCCCUACCUUUAUGGAUUACAUCCCAAUGCAGAAAUUGGUUUUCUUACAAACAUUUCUGAAAUAAUGUUCAAGACUAUUUUCGAAAUGCAACCUCGUGAUUUGGGUGCAGGAGCAGCGGGUGGAAUGUCUCGCGAAGAAAAAGUUAGAAGCACUUUAGAUGACAUUUUCGAUAAAUUGCCGGAAUUAUUCAACAUCCGGGAUAUGAUGGCAAAGGUAGAAAACAAAACUCCCUACGUAAUUGUCUGCUUCCAAGAAUGUGACCGCAUGAAUAUGUUAACGACUGUGAUGAAAAACUCUCUUAAAGAGUUAGAUCUAGGCAUGAAGGGUGAACUCACCAUUACGCCAGAUAUGGAAAAUUUAGAAGAACAACUUUACAUGGACAACGUCCCUGAUCAAUGGGCAGUUAAGGCCUAUCCUAGUUUACUACCUUUGGGGCAAUGGUUCAGUGACUUAACACAGCGCAUCAAAGAGUUGGAAAGUUGGACUACCGACUUUGCAAUGCCUCUCGCCGUGUGGUUAGGAGGUCUUUUUAACCCGCAGUCAUUCCUAACGGCAAUCAUGCAGCAAACAGCGCGUAAAAAUGAAUGGCCACUAGACAAAAUGUGUCUACUCACCGACGUCACGCGAAAACAGCGUGAGGAUAUCGUCACGGCACCGCGCGAAGGGGCCAACGUCCACGGUCUGUUCAUGGAAGGCGCACGUUGGGACUCAACAAUAAGCAGCAUCGCGGACUCCAUCUUAAAGGAUCUAUUUCCGGUUAUGCCCGUGGUGUACCUGCGUGCUAUAACCCAAGAUAAACAAGACUUGAGAAACAUGUAUGACUGUCCCGUGUACAAAACGCGAAUCAGGGGACCUACGUUUGUCUGGACGUUCAACUUAAAGAGUAAGGAACGCCCGGCAAAAUGGGUAUUAGCUGGUGUCGCCAUUUUGUUAAGCGUAUAAAGCGUAUAACCCAAGAACUACCUUUUCGCGUAAAAUACGUCUAGCCGACACAAAAUUCAUCACAAGUCUUUUUUAUACUGCUUUAUACAUAUAUUCUUUUUUUUUUCUUAAUAAACUUCAUUAUCUGAAA